AUGUCACACCUCUCCGCCGUGCCCAACGACCCCUAUCAAUGGCGCGAGUCCGUCCUGUCCACCCGCUCGCUGUCCUACCUUAGUGUCGCCGCCGCCCAUCCCCGCAGUCGCAGCACCAGCAGCACCACCUACCAGCAGAACCACCCCUCGAUGCGCCGCGACAACACCGACAUGACCGACGAGUCCGAAUACAGCCUGGAGAUGACACACUCGAGGGACAUGGACCUCAACGAUAUUCCCGAGCUGCCAGAGAGUGUGGCCCGGUCGCCGCUGUUCUUACUGCCACGCGAGAUACGAGAUAGAGUGUAUGCUUUCUGCUUGACUGCUGAAGACGACCGACCGGUGGAGUGGCCUUCAUUGUUCAAAGCCUGCCAUCUCCAACCACAACUGCUACGGACAUGCAAGAUCAUCCACGAUGAAGCGGCACCGCUCCUCUACACUCUCAACAACCUUACCUUCCACCAUCCGUCCGACGCCAACAUGUUCGUGCGAGCUAUGGCCUCGACUAUAUAUGCACAGCAAAUACAGCACCUGAGCCUUCAUAUCCGAGCCCAGGACACCAGACUAUGGAUGCCUUACCUCACCUCCCGCGACAGCAAACGCAGCCUUGAAGCCGACUUCCCCUGUCUCCGCAACCUCCACAUCCGCUUCCGCAGCAACAAAUGGCAGCACUCGCACACCCCGGAAGCGAACCUCAAAACCUGGGCCGAAGACAGCCGCCUAGACGAAGUCAUCGACAGCGUGCGCAACGUCUACCUCCCGGCGGGUAAAGAAACCUCCCGCAACGAGCGUGGCUCGCGACCCCACCGCUCAGCUGGUCCAUUACGGGACGAAAGAGCUUUCGAAGAACGAACAAACCAUCGCACCCCAACCAUCCGCUUGACGUGCGUCCACCGCAUCCACCCCACCCACUUCACCGCCCUCACCAACCCACCCGCCACCACCGCAGCACCAACGAACCCUCCCGAUCUCUCCCUCGCCUCCAACCCCACAGGCGUCAUCCAGCAGACCCCACCCACGCUCAACACCUCCGAGCCUCCUUCUCCUGUUUUGCCGAACGCGCCUUUUACACGCUACACCCCCAUCGACCUCCGCACGAACCCGAUAAAACGCCUGCACGACCGUGAUCUCGGCAGCACAGCCGUGGCGCAGACCGUCUUUACCGAGCGUAAGGGAGUUUUGAUAUGCUUAGAAAUCAACUGCUUAGAUCCAAAGCGGGAGGUAUGA